AUGUCUGGAGUCAAAGGUGGUUGUGGUGGAGGUGGAUAUUAUGGCAGUGGAGGCAGUGGAAUAGGCGGAUCCUCACAGCACUACAUAAAUACUAACCGCAUUGUUGACACUUGCCAGCAAGGUCAGGUUGGCCAGAUAAGUGGAGGUUAUGCAGGUGGUAUUGGAGGAAGCUAUGGAACAGGUGACAUCAGCCAGAUUAGUGGAAGUGGCAUCGGUGGAAGCAGACUAGGUGGCAUCAGCCAGAUUAGUGGAAGUGGCAUUGGUGGAAGUGGACUAGGUGGCAUCAGCCAGAUUAGCGGAAGUGGGAUCAGCGGAUGCAGACUAGGUGGCAUCAGACAGAUUAGCGGAAGUGGCAUCGGUGGAAGUGGACUAGGUGGCAUCAGACAGAUUAGCGGAAGUGGCAUUGGUGGAAGUGGACUAGGUGGCAUCAGACAGAUUAGCGGAAGUGGCAUCGCUGGAAUCGGACUAGGUGGCAUCAACCAGAUUAGUGGCAUUGGUGGAAGUGCAGGAGGUUACCUCAACCAGAUUAGUGGAAGAGGAGGCUGUAGCAGUAGUGGAGGAAGCUAUGGAUUAGACUGUGGAGGAAUCAAAAAAUGA